UUUCGUCUGCCCGCUUCGCUGCCUUGUGACAGCUGAAUCAUAAAUAGGUUAUAUUGAGAAAAAUGGAGCUCUUGGUGACUCUGAUAUCUGUGCUCCUAAUAUUUUGUCAAAUCAACGAUACAUUUGCUGAAAAUGAAGAAGAAGUUUCAUCCGAUCUAUACGUUAUCGAAGGAAAAGUUUUUCCUCCUGAAAAUGCAGUUUUGAAUGGAUGGCAACUCAUGACCCAUGUCAUGGUGAACGGAGGGGAACAUUUUGGGUACCUUAGGGAGGAUGGCUCAUUUGUGAUUUCAAAUGUGCCUUCAGGAUCUUAUAUCGUGGAAGUUGUUAACCCUAACUAUGCUUACGAUCCUGUGCGAGUUGAAAUUAACUCAAAGGGAAAAUUUAGAGCUAGGAAAGUUAAUUUGAUUCAGACAUCACAGGUCCUUCAGGUGCCAUACCCUCUGAAGAUGCGGCCAUUUGCACCAUUCCGUUAUUUUCAACUCAGAGAACAGUGGAGAGUAACGGACUUUUUGUUCAAUCCUAUGGUACUCAUGAUGAUUCUGCCACUUUUAUUGAUUAUGGUUCUACCAAAAAUUAUGAAUGACCCAGAAACAAGAAAGGAUAUGGAACAGUUAAAUAGCCUAACGAAGUAUGAUAUGCCAGAGAUGUCAGAGAUGCUAACGUCAUUCUUCGCUGGAGGAGAAAAGCAAAAACCAAAGGCUGUGAAAGCUGCUAAAAAAAGACAAUAGAUAAUAAAUAAAUAAACGUCAAAUAUAUCGUAACUUGUUUCUGUACACAAAAGAAUUGUAAUUAAUAUUAGUCGGUUAGGUCCUGGUCCCGAUAAUCACAGUCGAUUUUUAGAUUUUAGUUCUAUCCGUAAGUAAGAGUUACGUGUUUGAUAAAGCACAAUGAUUAAUUAUUAUUAUGACAAGAUUAUGCGAAGAACGAUUUGGUGCGACGCCAAAUUAUUUUGAUAGAUUCAUCGUCACAGUCUCUGCUUUCAGUCAACAAACCGAUUGUGCGACGAUUUGGCAACAUCUUAAUGCAGCACUCAUACAAAUAAAUUUUACAUCGAGAUUACAAAAAUA